AUGUAUCUGCGACAACUUCAGAUUAGACUCAUAAACAUUGCGGCGGCUCAGCAGUUUGGAAGAAAAAAUACAAAUGACUUGCCUCUGCUUCAGGCAGUGAGAGAUCACGAGUAUAUGGGUCGCUUCUACAGCAGCCCAGACGACCCAUUCAUUGCGUCUAGCGAGCGUGUCCACGACGACAUCUAUCCCAAAUCCGCCGUUACGUUGCAUGGCAAAGAGGCCGCUGACAUAGCCCCCGUGGAAACGACAAUCCCUACAGUGCCAUGGGAAGACAGACGUAAACAGAGUGCAAAGUCCAUCGCAAACACGAGAGGAGAGACUCAGAAGAAGGCAUUCGCAUCGCGGAUUGGAGGGGCUGUGGUUGCCGGCGCUUUUCUUCUUUUCCCGAUGUGGCUGAUGGUGCUCAAACAAGAGAUUUAUCUAAGCCUUGGCGUGGCAACGGGCUGUGUAGCUGCCUUUGGGUUACUCAUGGCGUUAUCCAUGGGAUCACUGGAUGCCGUUUUCGCAGCUACAUUUGCUUACGCAGCGGUUCUCAUGGUUUUUGUUGGUGUCAUGAUGCAGAAUACCAGCUCAAGUACUCCGUAG